UCUGGAACUUCGACCGAUGGGGGAACUGGAGAUUCAGAGUCAACAUCAGAUGGAUCUUCGCCAUCGGGAACAUCUUCAUCAUCAUCUACUUCAUCUGCUUCACCAACAACCGUGAAGCCGUCGACAACAACGACAGUCGCGCCUACGGAAAAGAAAGGUGGUAGCGGUUUGAUCAUCUUCAUCGUCAUUGUUGUUGUGCUCGUCAUCGUGGGAGUUGUGGUCUGUUGCGUGAUGAAGAAGAAAAAGGGAGCCGAAGAGGAAAAGGAUUUGGAGAAGCAAGAAGGAGCAGACGCCGGUUCAGUCAAGGAGGAAGGAGAAAAACCAGAAGAAGGCGAGGAAGGAGAGGAAGGCGAAGAGAAGGAAGAAGGGGAAGAGGGCGAGGAAGGAAAAGAGACGCCCGAGACGAAGACCGCGUUGGCUCCUGGUGCUACACCCACUUCAACAAUGGUGAAAGAAGGCACCACCUCUGAAGGCACUGCAAUCGAGGCUACUGCAUCACAGGCUGGAGGGGAAGGCAAAAAAUCUGCCGCUGCUGCAAGUAAAAAGUCCGGAGAAGGGUCUGCUGCUCCUGCUGCUGGUGGUCCGGAAGGAGUGAAAACGGCUUUGCCUGGAUCGGAAAGGUAAAAAGUUUUAUCAUUAAAUAUACUUAUCAACAAAUCUAAUCUUUCAAAAAUAUUUUCAGUGGAGCCGCUAAGACCGCUGCACCGCCAGAAUC